UCUUUUCUUCCGAUUCUUAAAAUGCUAUAAAGCUAAGAGAGCAAAGUGUGGGUUUCGCAGGACACCAUGACCUUCGGAUUCAUACUGCUGCUGCUCUGUGCUUUCCGGGGAGCUGAAGGCACUCGGAUUGUUGGUGGCAAAGAUGCUGUCCCCCACUCGCGGCCGUACAUGGUCUCGCUGCAAAUCCAACGUCAACAUAUCUGCGGCGGAGUGCUCAUAAGAGAGGAUUUUGUGCUCACAGCAGCACAUUGUGACAUAAUGGUACCAUUCACAGUUGUGCUUGGAGCAGACACACUGAAAGCCAAUGAGCCAGCAAAGCAGAGCCUUCGUGUUCUCAGAUCCUUUCCCCACCCAGACUACACUGAUCUUACAAAUGACAUCAUGCUGUUGAAGCUUAGCAGUAGGGCAAAUCUUACUAAAGAAGUGCAGUUGAUCUCUCUGAAGUCUGGUAGCCUCAGAACAGGAAGUCGUUGCAUCACAGCAGGUUGGGGGGACAUAUCGGACAACAGAACGUUGGCAAACAGGCUGCAAGAGGUCAAUGUCACAAUUAUGUCACCAACUACAUGUCAGAGAAGAUGGGGAGAAGUUCCCAUAGAAAGAACGAUGGUUUGUGCCAUGGGUUCACGGAACAGACAGGGCUUCUGCUCGGGGGAUUCAGGAGGCCCAUUGGUGUGUGACGGAGCUUCAGCAGGUGUUGUCUCCUUCUCCGGGCGUCGAUGUGGAAACAUAAGGACUCCUGAUGUUUACACACGUGUUGACUCUUUCAGGCAGUGGAUUGAAAAAGUGCUGAAUGAAAAUUAGACAAAAUACCUUUACUUGGUACUUUUUCUACUUCCAAAGGCAAAACGGACAAAUUGUUCUGUAUUUCAAAACUAAAUUUUCUUCUACUGUAAAGCUCUUUAAUCUUUAAUUAACAUUGUGAUCAAUAAAGUACUUUUCAAUUUGAA